GGAACUCAAAGCGUUGGGUGUAGUUUUCUACACGGAACGAAAAUACAGCAUCAGUGUUCAAUACGAAGGCGGGAAGACUUAGAUGAACAAGCUUUUUUUAUAUACACACUAGCGGACAGUAACGGAUAAGUUACACACUAUGAAUCCACCAAAAAUAAAGCGUCGCCGCAUGGCUGAGCUGGACCCGUGGAUCGAGAAACUCAUCCAAAAUUACGGCCAAAACAAUUGCGAAACUACUGUAAAAGCCAAAGUUAUCGGCGUGUGUGAUAUCUCGGACUCGCAGCGGAUGGAGCACACAGAUGCCUGUAUGCUGUUCGUGUCCGAUGGGAGCGCUGUCAUUCCCGCGGUGCUGAGCGACGCCGCGUGGGAGAGUCUGCAGGACAUGGAGGAGAUGGACUCUUUCACAGGCCUGCACAAUGCUAUAGUGUAUAUACGCGGCUUUGAGCUGAAGUUCGACAUGAACUCUGAUCUGGCAUCUUGCCAGUUUUACUUGAAAGUCAAUCAAAUGAACAUCAUAUGCAUCACCUCAAAGCACCAUCACCCCCCCAGCUGUACAACUAUACCAUCAGUCAGAGAUCAGAUCAUAAAGACAUGGAGAUCCCGCAGGGAGGGUUCAGUAAGUUCAGCCUCUGGGGUCUCGCUCUCGUCUCUGUUGGACGUGUGGCACAAUGAUAUUAUAAUAAAUAUUCUGAAUGAUGCAACGGAGAAACUAACCAUGUCUGCAACAUAUUGUCCGAGCGCGUCGACACCAACUCACUGGCACAGAGAGAGGCUUCAUUGGAGGGGACAGGAGCAGUUCAUUGUCCCCUUGCCUUUUCUUCUCAUCCCAGAGGAGCAGAGGGAGCUGAUGACAGCUGAUCCCAGUGCAGACAGUGAGAGUGAGACGCCAAAUGGCUUGGCCCCGCCCCCUGAAGAAUCGCAUCCAACCAGCGCGCCGACUGCAAACCAAAAAAUGGCCGCUUCGAACGCUAUAAGUGGCUCGUGUCCAGAUGAAGGACCGUCUACUCUGGUACACACAAGACCAGAGGUUUUGUGUGGAAAGGGGGAGCUGUCUGGGGAUGGAGAGAGCCCGUGGGAUAUGUUCGCACAAGAGCCGGCUCUAUUAGGUAGACGUUCCACUUCAGACUCAAAUGACCCAGAACAAGAAAGCCAAUCGCUUUUAAAGGAAGUUCCUGUAGCAACUAGCAGCCAAGCCCUUUUUUCAAAGCAGAUCUCUGAAGGGGCGUCGAUGGAGAGCUUUAUGUUCAGUCAGAGACCGAAACCCACCCAGUUUAGCUCGUCCCACUCAAGCAAUAAGUCUUUCAGAGACCCCAGUCAGGAGCAAGACAAAGAGCAUGCGUUGAGUCCUCCCUCGUGGCUCGUCUAUAACACGGCCCCACCCUCCGAACCGAGGCCCCUAGGAUCUCCACCCGCCAAAGCCAGCAAAGUGCACUCAGAUGGAACGCCUUUUUCCUAUUUGUAUCACCCACAGCCUCAGGUUGCCACAGCCCUCGGCCAUUUCCAAAUCCCAGGGCAUCUGAUACAAUGGGCGGUGCGUUAUCUGGGGACCUCUGACUGUGCAGAUGUCAGCACUGAAGCUGCUUCAUAAACCAUUACCUCAGAUGACAUGCUGUUAGUUGUUGUGCUAAAGUGUUUUUUUAUUAUUUAAAUCUUAAGUAUAGUCAAAAAAUAUAUUUUUUCUAUAAUAUCCUGUUAAUGGAUGCUGCUGUCUUAAGUGUAACUGUAAAAUUGUAAUAAAUGUUAAUA